CACUUUUUCGCUGGACGAGUAUUUUUCAUGGUGUCGUCGGCUUGACAAGCAGCCAUCUUCCUGCGGUCGGCAUUGGAUUGCAACAUGGGCCGUAACCACGUUUGGGUAGCUGCUGGCUACACGGUAACUUGUCAGUCAGUGGCCGGCGUGGACAAAUUUGGUAGCCACCUGACAGCUGGAACUCACCUGCGUGGAUGAGUGUAUGCGAGGGUAAGUCAGUCGCGAAAUCUUUUUCAAAAGGAGCUACGAUUUGGAUAAGAUCAAGACGCUCGGUCAUUUUUAGAGCAUGACUCAUCGAUUUCGGUGAGAGACAACUAAAUUAAGUGGCUACCUUCUGUCUACACACACGCGAUGGCGUCGAGCUUUGACGCGAUUUCUGCGGAGACCGGACCGAGUUUGGAGGAGCUGGCGGCUUCCUCAGAGCUACAUCACGACCCUGCCAGUUGGGCAGCGGACGAUGAUGAUGAUGCCGAGUCCCGCCUUGGGUCUUCAGCUUGGGAGUCCCAAUCCGACCUUCAGGCUGGACUAAACUUGGAGCAGAUUCCUGUCGAUGUCAACGAAUCGGGACCUGUUGAGGACACCGAAGUCCGAGGAGUCGAGUCGUACACUCCGGAUGCAAAUGCUGAAGACGAUUCGUCUCGAAUGCCUUUCGACCAGCUACCACAUCUCGCCCCAGAGGUUCUGCACCCUAAGAAAGUCUAUAAGAACAGCAAGCUUAAGAAAAAGCAAGCUGCACUGGAGCCUGCUCCAGCAAUGGUGUUCGAUGUCCACCCACUACUCCAAUUUGCACAAACUCACUUCAACCUCACCGCUCCACGUGCUUCACCUUUCCACAAACCUGUCGAGUUUGACCUGAACAAGCGCCUCGAGUGGGAAAACAAACUCAUCACAACUCCAUUGACGCGUCUUCCGAAAGAGCAGACUGGUAUAGCGCUGCAAGCAUUCCGUAAUGUUUCUGGGUUUAUGGGGAACCGAGCAAGUGGUAAGAACCAGAUUGAUCACUGCUUCAAGCUUUUACGCAACGUCGUUCCGCGGUCCCCGGCAUUGAAGGACGAAAUCUACUGCCAACUAUGCAAGCAGCUCACUCGCAAUCCCAGCGCAAAUGCUGUAUUAAACGGAUGGUUGCUUCUAAACGCUUGUCUUGUGACUUUCCCACCGUCUCCACCACUGGCUGAAUGUCUCGAGAGGUUUAUUAGCGUUCACAUUGGAGCAGGUGGCGACUCUGAAGCUAACUCCGAGGUCUCGGCGUACGCACUGGAAGCACUAGCAUCUCUAGGAUGCUGUGCCACCAAAGGCGAACGCAAAGAAAUUCCAAGUGCAUCGGAGCUGAGAGCUCUACAACGACAUGCACUCAAUGAUUUCACUGUGAUGCUUGCAGACGGCUCGACGUUAAUAAUGCAGGUCAGUGCAUGGACGACGAGUCGUGAGCUAGCUGGUUUGGUAGCGCACAAGCUGGGAGUGUGUCGCGUAAAAGCUUUUGCACUUUUCGAGACUAAUGACGACGAGGAACAACACCUCGUCCCAGAAAAUGAACGGGUUAUGGAUCUCUACGCUGAAUGGGAGCGAACGCACAUUGAUGUGAGCGAACUAAACCAAAAGAAGAAGGAAAAGAAGAAAGACAAGUUAGAAGAAACGACCAAAGCUCCCGCUGUUGAAGGAUACCAUCUCACUUAUAAGGCAUAUCUGUGGGUACACGUGGAUGAUGAAACUGCAGCCGAUGUAGGGCUUUACUAUCUACAAGCCGUGCACAACGUACUCAGUGGAAGAUACGUCUGUGACGUGGGUGUUGCUGUCGAGCUUGCAGGCUAUCAAUUGUUCUGCAAACUUGGCAAUGACCAGACUCCAACGCUAAGUAAAUUCACGUACGUUGUAUAUUUUUUAGUUGUUCUGACAGAAAAAUUACUCUUAUGUUUUUUGUUUGCUUACUAGAAACGAUAUUGACGAGUACAUUCCUGGUCAACUGCUUAGUGCAUCGAAUCGUGGUAGCAUUGCUGAGCAGGUGUUCGCUAGCUACGAAUCCUUCGUGAAUAGUUUGUGCGUGCAGUCGACGCAGCAGGCGCGACUGGCGUAUUUGCGUCUCUGCAAACGUCAACCAUUUUACGGUUUAACGCUUUUCCACGUGCGAAAUUCGCGUCAACUAGCAGUUUUGCCAGCUCGUGUCGUUCUUGCUAUCAACGACGUGGGUGUCAGUAUCCUAGGCGCCAGCGACGAAGUUUUAGCACUUUAUCCUUACGCGGAUAUCGCGAACUGGGGUUACAGUGCCAACUCAUUCGUCUUCAACGUUGUGCGCGGCAGCGAAGAGACCGAAUAUUCUUUCAGGACCGUGCAGGGCAAGAGUAUCAAUGACAAUGUGGCCGCCUACGUCGACUACAUCAUAUCACUGACCACGUUUGCUAGCGACUGAAAAAUAUCUAGCUAGGUAUGCACUGUAGUUAUCGAGGUUGCACCGUUCAUUCUUCAACUUAUUGUGCAUUGGCACCAAAACACGUACGGACUUCCGGAGCUGAUAGUCUCAGGAGGCUCUUUAAAUGGGUCACGGAUCAAUGAAUCAGCGUCUUCAGGUGGCCAACAAGCCUUAAACUUCUUUUUCAUCUUUCUCGAGAGAAGAGAAACAUGUCGUCUUUCUG